UGUAUGUGAACCAUGAGCUUCUGUUUCGUCCAGCCUCCCUGGUUGCGUCUCCUCAGAGCGCUCCAAGAAAGAGUCUGCUGUCCAAACGCCACCUGUCCCCCAUCCACUCCUCCAUCAGCUCGAAAAGGCCAUCGUUACCUGUCACAGCUGGGUCACCUGAGGAGCUCCUGCAGGCGUUAGCCUCUCAGCUCCGUCCACUCACUGUCCAGGUGGAAGUGAGUGGGUCUCAGGCUCUGUUUGCUGCUCUGGAUCUGGUCCGGAGGCCCAACUUCGACCCCACGUGCACUCUGUCUGUCCGGUUCAACGAUGAGAAGCAAAGUGCAUUUCCCAGCAGCCUCGGGGACAGCCAAACGGCCAGGCAGUACUUCCUGAAGCUGCUGGUGCAGCAGAUCCAGGACUCUGCGGUGUUCGAGGGUCCGGAUGGAUCCAAAAAUCUGGCUCUGGAUUAUAAGGCUCUGCGUGAGGAUCUCUACUUUGACGUCGGCUGCCUGCUGGCUCUCUCUCUGCUUCACGGCGGUCCACCUGUUAGCUUCUUCUCCUGCGGGCUCUACCAGUGUCUGUUCAACUACCCACCAAACCGCCCCCUCACUGUCGCACACAUGACCCCCGACGCACACUUCACACGCCAAGCCAUCAGGAUCAAAGAGGCGGAGUCUUUAGACAGUCUGAAGGAAGCCAUGACUUCGAGUUGGGAGUACCUGGAGAUGGCUGGUUGCAACCGGCCAAUCAGGAGCCUGGAGGAGAGAGAGCUGCUGGUGGAGGAUUUGGUCAGCUUCAGUUUGAUCACCAGGAUGCAGCUUCCACUGCAGAGGUUCCGGGAAGGUUUGCAGACGUUGGGCGUCUUUGAUCAGGUGCAGCUUUUCCCGUCCGUGUUCUACAGCAUUUUCUGCGAAGCAGCGGGUCGUCUCACGGCUCAGACGGUCGGUCAACUCUUCACCGUCCACUUCUCAGAGCAGGAGGAGAAGCUGGAGAGGGAGACGCCCAUCGUCACCUUCUGGAGACACUUUCUGCUGGAGUGUGAAGUUGGAAGGUCCUCCAUUUCCUUGCAGGACCUCCUUCUCUUUGCCACAGGAGCUGAGGAGCUUCCAGUUACCGGCCAUCUCCCUCCUCCCUCCAUCUCCUUCCUUGACCCCUUCAGCUCCUCCUCACCAGGAGUGGAGGAGACGGGCAGAUCAGGGGAGGAGGAGUUGAGCGAUGGAGGGCUCUUCCCUCAAAGCGAACCCAGCUCCAAUCACCUCCUCCUGCCCGUCACCUCCUCCUACCAGUCCUUCAAAAGCUGCAUGGAGCAGGCCAUCAGCCACCACGUGCACCUCCUCCCUUCGGAGCGUUAGAGACAUCUUGUUGCAAAAUAAUGAGCAGGACAGAUUUACAGCGACAUCAGAUUUUUACACGGGAAAUCUCCGGGAACCUGGAAGCUUAAACUGUUGAUGUCAUUGUUUUCUGUCUUGAUAAAAGAUCCGUUUAUCAACUGAUUCACUCGUCGCUCCAGUCACAUUAAGUCAGUCGUGUAUAAUUGUGGCAUGAUUUAUCUAUACUGAGUUUUUAUAUAUAUUGUGUAUCCCUUGUUUCUCAAUGGUGACGCUGAUAAUGAAAUGUGCUUGGGUCUGUUUGGACGCUUCUGAGACUUUAAACUCCAGGUGGCAUUAAAAAACUAUAGUUUUCUUUACUAUAAAAUAUCAAACACCUGGUAAAAUUAUCCUAUUUUAUAUUUUGCUAAAUAUCUUUCAUGUUUUCUUUUCUAAAAACCGUGGAGCUGAUUUUAUAACUUUGCUUCAAGCGUGGUCGUGUUUUUAUUGUACAUACUUUUCUUCAGCUUUUAUGUGUUUUUCUUUGCAUGUUGCUCUUGUUCGACAUUUUCUAUCUUUUCUUACUCUGGAAGAUAAAUAAAAGUGAUAAUCUCCAGUUGAAUAGCA